AUGGCCAUUCCAGGACAGCUCGCACGGUCUCGUCUGCCGGUAGAAGCAACAACAACGCCGCCCAUUCGUUACCACGACGCAGAAUACCAGAAAGCUCAUGAUGAUCUGUUUACUGCAGGUACCAAGCAGCCAAUCAAGCAGGUACUGCCAACGGGCGUCAGCCAGUCCGACUUUGACGCCGUGAUCGCAACGCUAGUUCAAUCCAUUGGGAAAGAUGGCGUUUUCACCGGCGAAGGGCUGCGAGACGUUCCAGUCUGGACCUUCAGUCGUGGCAAGAAUCUCGGGUACGGCGGCUCGUCUCCAGUGGUCUCUGGCUCUCUUGCAUUGGAUCUCCACCGCAUGGACAGGGUACUCGAGGUGAACGAGAAGUUUGCAUAUGCCGUCGUAGAGCCAGGCAUGACAUUCACCGGCUUGUACGACUACAUCACGGCUAAGAAGCUGAAAGUCUGGCCCUCAGUGGCCAGUGUCGGCUGGGGAAGCGUCAUGGGUAACACUCUCGAUCUCGCCAGUAUACUUUCGGACCCUCCUGGGCUCCUCCUGCAGUCAAACCUGGGCAUAGUCACCAAAAUGGGCAUUGGUCUUAUUCCUGCGCCACAUGCCAUGAUGAGCUGUCUCUUCAGCGUGCCCAACCAGGACGAUAUCGGAGCUGUAGUGGAUGUUCUUGGAGAUUUGCGUCGCCGUGGAAUCUUGUCUACAGGAGCAUACUGCUUCGAUAUUGUGGACUGGGCGGCUAUGUUCGGCGCAAAGCAUGAGUGGUGGGACAAGCCUGGACCUAUACUAGCUUGGCGCUUGAAGGAUAUCUAA